AUGUCGUACGCUGGGCGUCGUGGUGAAGGCCCACCCUACAUCCGACCUGUGAUCGUCCCCGCACCUUCGUCGUCGUCGUCGUGGCACUCGCCCUCGCCCUCGCACUCUCACUCUCAUCCCGGCUCGUUCCCUCCUCCGUCGUCGCUCUCGGCUAACGGCGGCGCAGGCAGUGCUGGCUCCGCAUCGUCCUCGACCUCGACCUCGGCAGCCGCUGCUGCUCUGGUUCCUCGGCCGCACGUGCUGGACCAAUACCGACUCCCAUCCCUGGCAGCGACGUUCUCAGCCGCCUCGGCCGCCGCCGCCGCCGCCGCCUCGGGAACCGGUUCGUCGUCGCAUCACUCUUCGCCUUCGUCGUUGCGCUCGCCUUGUUGUAUUGGUUUGGAUUGCCGACCGUCAGCGUCAGCCUCGGCCGCGGCGGCGUCGUCUCCCGGCCGCGCGCCUUUGCCCUCUCUGGCGCAGUCUUGCUCGUCGAGGUCCGGUUCGAUGUCCACUUCAACAGCGGGCAAUCAACCGACGACCCCUAGUUGGGCUGUGACCCCUUCGAGUUCGACUUCCACUUCGCGUAACAACGCGCGUGGCCAAGGCAGCGGCGGCGGUCAGAAACCCGAGUCGUCGAUCGAGCGAGAGGACCCUGUCUCAGGCCGAAUCGACGCAGCCGAAGAGACUGACGAUGAACGCACCGGGGUCGGUUCAGGUUCAGGCGACGACCCCAGUCGGAAAGGGGAGAGAAGAGGAUCAGAGUUCAAGAGGGAGGGCUCGUUGAGGUUUUCGAGCAAGAAGAAGAGGGCGAGGGUCGUGCUUAGUUGUGAGUCCGCAACGGGGCUGUAGCGAAUGCGGUGCGGUCGAUCAAGUGAGCUCAUGUCCCCGGAUGAGUUGUGUGUGAUAAGGCACCAUGUGUGUUCGUCGCAAGGUCAGCACUGCUUGGCUCCGAGACUGGCUCCGUAGACACAUUUGAGCUCAAGCCUGGACACACACACCCCCCCCCCCCCCCCUCUCACCGGCGCUUUCCCCGCUCUCCUCUCCCAAAAAACAGACCAAAUGCGACAAGGUCGUACCCUGCAGCGCUUGCGUAAGACGAGGAAGUCCAAACGAUUGCGUCGUCGAAGGAGUCGACGAAGUAGCCCCGUAGGUCUCCAGAGUGGUUUAGAGCGACUCCCGACUCCGGGGUAGAGCUGAUUGGAGCCCGAACCGUUCGCUGCCCAGUCAACCAUUCGCCCUCAACGAAGAGCUCGUCGCGCUCCGGAGUCGCGUCAACACACUCGAAGGACUCGUCAACUCGUUGCUGACCGCAUCGAGAACGUCACCAGCGACACAACCCAUCUCUUCACCGAGCUACAUUUCCGCCUCGACCCCGACCUCGCACCUCCUGCCGCACAAGGCUGAGAACGACGAGGCCCACGUCGCCGAAGCGUUACAGAGACUGAGCGAAGGUGUCACCAACGAUGUGCGAUCGCCGAAUGGGAUAGCCGCGAGAUUGAAUGCGAGCUCGAAUCAUUUCCGAUCGAGUGGAUCGCCCGAACUCGAUCAUAUCCUGUCCCUGAUCCCCGAACGCGCGAUAUGCGACCUCUUGCUCGAAUCGUACCUCCUCCGCGUCGACUGGCAACUGCACAUCCUCCAUAUCCCGACGCUCAAGCACGACUAUCGCACCAUGUGGGACAAGUUGCGAUCACCGGCGCCCGCGAUGGGACCCGAAUCGCUCGAGGCUUGGGUUCCACCGAGGUUGGGGACGUUCUUCAUGGUCCUUGCGUUGGGCAUGUAUUUCGUCCCUCCGGAACUGUCACCCUAUUCGGCCGUCGAGGCAGCGGCGAUGCCUUCCAAGUGGUUGGAUGCGGCGGAAAAGGCCCUCGGUCUCGCGGAUUGGUCCGGUCGACCCCAACUAAGGACGGUGCAGACCAUCCUGCUGAUGGGACAGUUCUGGCACCACUUGGGCGAGAUCGAUCGUUUCGUCAUUUGGAUCGGAGCGGGCGUUCGAGUCGCGCAAUCUUUAGGUCUGCACAAUGCCGAACAAACGGGAAUCCUUCAUCUCCCAUACGACGAUUUCCCCAUCAAGACUUAUGCGCGCGAUUUUUUUUGUCGCGAGAUGGGCAAAAGGUCCUGGUGGAGUCUCUGCGCGGAUGAUUGGGAUGUUUCGUAUAGGACGAGGAAUGUGUCGGUGUUGAGGACGCAGGACUUCUCGACGCCUUCACCGUUCAAUUUGACGGAUGAUGAUUUGAUGGAUGGGCCGGUGCCGUCGAGGAAUUUGACGCAGCCGACGAGUGUGACGUUUCAGAUUUGUUUUUCGGUGAGUUUUUCGUGGGAGAAGCAGAUUGUAGAAGAGGUUGCUGACGAGGGAUUUGUGCGCACAUAGGACCUGAUCUACCUCUCGCAACAAUGGCGGCAGCCGCAUCGCGAGAUGGGCAAUAUUGGCAAUCUCAGUGUCGAGACCGUUAUUUCACUCGACGAGAUCGUCCGCGGCAUGUCGGUACGGUUCCCUUUCUACCUGCAGUUGGAGAAGAAGGACGACCCGGCCGUCAAGGCGCUCGAACAGGCGCAUCCAUUGGUCGCGAUUCAGAGGUUGCACCUUGCGAAGGAAUUGCAUUGUCGAGUGAGUUGCGUGCGAUUGUUGAUGGAUUAGAGAAGCUGCUGAUCUUCCCCGAGUUCGCCCUCACAGUACGUCAGGUUGCAUCGUCGAGCCUUGUUCGGCGACGACCUUGGCACGGCCCAAGCACGCGUCUCUCGUGCGACGUUGCGCAGCUCGGCGAGCACGUUGCUUUCGAUCGUGGCCGAGUUCCGCGCCAAGACGGAUUAUGCGCACAAGUUGUGGUGGGUCAACUCGUACAUGACCCUCGCGGCCGUGGCGUUGUUGUUCAGCAACAUUCAACUUCUCAUUUCUUCACCUACGCCCGUGGCUUCGUCCGUACUCAACGAUGCUGCUUCGAAACGUCACGAGGUUCUGACGACGCUCACUCUGACACGAGGGACCCCACCUCUGAGUCCUCAUACGGUACAAGGUCUCCGUAUCAUCGACCUCCUGCUCCAAGAAGAGAACGUCAUCAUCGCCAACGCCAAACGCGCCACGGUAGGCGGUCGUCAAUUAUCCGAACGCGACGCCGAACGCUACUACGCCGCGAUGGACGUCGUGGCCAAAGCGACGAUGUGCGUCGCGGAGAGGGAGACGUUGAGGUUGAAGGAUUUGGCGGACCAUUGGAACGAUUUCGAACCGAGACCGCAGAGCGUGCUGCAGCAGCAACAACAGAUCGCGGCGCAGGGGGGGCAGCAGCAGCAGGUCGGACAAUUGAUUCCGCCGUCGGGGAUGCAGCAGCAGCAUCAUCAGCUGCAGCAGCAGCAACAACAACAACAGGCGACAGUGACGGCUACUCAAAAUGCCACGAGUCAUAUGGGAGUAGAAGGAGGUGCACCGAUGCUCGUCGUACCUUCCCCGAAUGGAGGAGGCGGAGGAGCAAACUACGCCACUCGAUCGAACAACGGCGGUUCCAUGUCGGGGAUGCAAACACCCAACAACGGAGCCAUGUCUCAACAGCACCAUCAGCAAGCCGCGAACUACCACCUCUCCUCCUCUCCGACGAGUUUGGACUUUUCGCACCCACAAGCAUGGGGCACCACAGCUGCAAGUGGGGCACCCCAAGGUUACGCGAAUACGUCGGCUGGAGUGGCAGUCGCUUCUACGGGGAGUAGUGCGGGUGCGGGUGGACUGGGCGGUUUGCAGGCUUUCCAAUUCCCCUAUGAUCCGUUUUGGACGCAGGAUGAUGGCUGGGACGAUAUCUCGCGGUUGGUUUGA